GGAGCCACCCCCGCGAAAGAGGUUGGGGAAUGCAUUCAUUUCGCAUAUAACUUUUCUGUCUUUAGAGGGCAGGAGCAAGUCAUUCUCUGACCACGUCAAGCGGUGCGCGCGUGCACAAGCUGCUUCCCCAAACCUUGGCAUUCUUCGUCACCAAAACUGAGAAGUCAAAGUGACAGCCUUGUUCCAUUCGUGUCUUCAGAAAGCAUCAAGCUUCUCGUCCCAAGCGAAGAAGUAGGCUUCGAACAGAAGAAUGUCGUCUAAUUCCAACUUGACCAACAUGCGUCGACUUGUUGAACAACUGCGACUCGAGGCUAGCGUAGAGAGAAUUAAAGUAUCUCAAGCCGCAGCAGAGCUGCAGCAAUAUUGCCUCCAGAAUGCCACCAAAGAUGCCCUAUUGGUUGGGGUGCCCACUGGCAGCAACCCUUUCAGGGAGCCUCGUUCCUGUAAUCUCCUGUAGAGAUAAUAAGGAAAUCUCCUGCGGAGGAAUGCCAGCAGAGAUUCACCAGUCACAAUCAUUUGGACCAAAGAUGGAUUGUUUUUCCUUUCAGAGGAUGGAAAAAAGGAAUAUUUAUUUAAAAUUUAUUUUGAUACAUUUUUUUUAUUCCAUAUCUGUGUAAGAGUCUUGUUUAGAUACAUUUGUUAGUAUUUUUGAGCAUGUUAAAUGCUUUCAUUCCAGACUAAAUGCAAUGUCACUGGAAUAAAUAUCAUUAAUUGCUAAUAAACAUUAGCUUUAUAUUUUCCAUUGA